AUGAAGCGUAUCCCUUUGGAGUUUGUCAAGGCUGCUCUGCGUGACGGGACUGCGCCUCCAUCUUUCGUUUCAAACUUCCUCGAGAGGAAAUACACGGAAAAUGCGACCGAGAGACGGGAGCUUAUCGUGUUGAAUAUCGCGUACACUGUUUAUAGUGCUGCAAUCGAAACGACCAUUUCAGCCACUACAACUUUCUUCUACGUCAUGGCCACCCACCCCGAGGCGCAGAGGAAGGCUCAAGAACGCUCGAUGGCGCUUUAUCGCGAAGUCUUGAGGUACCAGCCGCCAGCCCCCAUCGGUGUGGCACAUGCGCUGUCAGAGGACGACACCUACAAUGGAUACUUCAUACCAAAAGGAGCCACGAUGUUGGGAAACAUCUGGGCAAUGAUGCGAGACGAAAAGAAAUAUCCAGACCCAGAGGAUUUCAAGCCUGAACGAUUUUUCGAUGCGAAUGGAGAGUUAAAUGGUGAUGAUAAGGUCCUAGCAUACGGGUUCGGACGCAGGAUCUGGGUAGGCAAACACAUAGCCAAUGCCACGUUGUGGAUCACAUUCGCUUCAAUCAUAACUUGUUUCGAUAUUCGCAAGGCCAAAGACGAACAUGGAAACGAAGUGAAUGGGGAAUAUGAGGAUGAGGGUCUGAUUAUCCACAAGAAGCCUUUCAAAUGCUCGAUCAGCCCUCGCUCCGACCAGGCGAGGAGGCUAGUGGAGGAUGCUGUCACUUUGUGGAUGCAGAGCGCCACCUGCGUCCGUGAGAGUGGAUGCCGCGAUUAUGACUUCACAAUUGAUUAA